AUGGAGGAAAUAAUUGAAGACGAUGAAGAACUCAAAGUGGGAACUCAAGUACACUCAGAUGAGGAGGCUUACAAUUUAUAUAAUACCUAUGCUUUGAGGAAGGGUUUCAGUGUUCGUAAGUCACAUAUUAGAAGAGAUGCAUCAAAUAACAUCCGGUUACGAGAGUUUGUAUGUUCAAAGGAAGGGUUUGCACAAGACCAAGAUGUGUUUGAACCAACCAAACAUAGGAAGUUGGAAACAAGAGUCGGUUGCAAGGCUAUGAUAUCGUUUAUUGUGAAAGAUGGGAUAUGGACAAUAUCACAUAUCAAUUCAGAUCAUAACCAUGAGCUUGCAAACCCUGAAGAAAGGCAAUUUUUGAGAUCUGGGCGAAAAGUAACAGAUGCUUGUGGACAAGUUUUUACUUCCAUGAAAGUUGCAAGAAUAGGAGCAACAAAAGCAUUUUUUUACAUAGCAAAUGAAGUGGGUGGUUCAGAAAAUGUUGGGUGCACUAAGAAAGACGUCUACAACUACUUGCAAAGAAAAAAGAAUGAAAUGGUGGAAGCAGGUGAUGCACAAAGCUUGCUGAAUCACUUUAAGCACAAACAAGGUGAGGACCCUAACUUUUUCUAUUCAAUGCAAUUGGACCAAUAUAGCUGA